AUACAAAAAACAGAAUAAGUUAAAAUUUGGCUCAACCGCUGAAUCACCGGUCUUCAACGGCACUGUAGUCUGUAGUAUCAUUUACUCAUCUAUUUAUUCAACUAAUCCCAAUUUCCUCUCUCUCUCUCUCUCUCUCUCAGUUGGUUACUUUGCCGUCUUCUCACCGAACUUCUCCCAAAGAAACGUCACAAAGCAUCCCACUAAUUUGCACCUAUCUUGAACAAAGAAAAAGAAAAAACCUCUAUUUUUCUUUGUGGGUUUUGGAAAUUCUUGGUUUGAUCAAUAUAUUUUUUCAAGAAUUCAAAAGGGAAAAUGUCAGCUGGGUGGUGGGAGUGUUGUGCUUCAUCUUGUUUUGGUGAUUUUCAAGAGAUUCUUCAAGAACCAGAGCCUUUUUCUCUGCCUCAACCACUUCCACAAUGGCCCAAAGGCAAAGGCUUUGCUACUGGGAAAAUUAGCCUAGGGGAGCUAGAAGUAGUUAAAAUCACCAACUUUGAUAAGAUAUGGAGCUGCACCCCGUUGCUCGGGGCGUCUAGUGGCGUUACAUUCUACGAGCCUAGCCUCGUUCCAGCCGGAUACUUCAGCCUCGGCCACUACUGUCAGCCUAGUGAUCAGAAACUGAGGGGCUAUGUUCUUGCAGCGAAAUGCAACUCAAGUGACGCGCCUCAAGGCCUGAAAUCGAGCUCCCCGCCUCUUGAAAGGCCUCUAGGUUACACUUUGGUGUGGAGUGAAAGCACUCAUCGCGAUGGAAGUGGCUACAUUUGGCUCCCGAAUCCACCACAGGGUUACAAAGCUAUGGGAUUCGUGGUCACCACGAAAUCGGGCCAGCCUGAUCUUGAAGAGGUGAGAUGCGUCCGAGGUGAUCUCACUGAGAGCUGUGAAGUUGAUGAGGUCAUAUUUGAUAGGAAUGCAAUCUUCUCGAGUGGCCAGUUUUACGUGUGGAGCACGAGGGCGUGUAGACGAGGAAUGCUCUGUAGAGGUGUUCCCGUUGGCACGUUCUACUGCAGUAAAAACGACAGUUGUGAGGAACUGAGCAUCGCUUGCUUGAGAAACCUCGAUUCUUUCUUGGAUGCAAUGCCGAAUCUGGAGCAGGUUCACGCGCUGAUUCAGCACUACGGGCCGACUCUUUACUUCCACCCCGAUGAAGCCUACUUGCCCUCAUCGGUUUCUUGGUUCUUCGACAAUGGAGCCCUUCUCUACAAAGAGGGGAUGGAUAAAGGAGUGGAGGUUGAUUCUCACGGCUCGGUUUUACCUUGUGGUGGCUGCAACGACGGGGAGUUCUGGCUCGACUUGCCACUGGACGCAAAGGGCCACGAGUAUGUGAAAUCGGGAAGCAUUGAGACAGCAGAGCUUUAUGUUCAUGUGAAGCCAGCUUCAGGAGGGACCUUCACAGACAUUGCAAUGUGGAUAUUUUGCCCCUUCAACGGCCCGGCCACGGUCGAGGUCGCCUCGUUCAGCUUCUCCCUCAGCACGAUAGGCGAGCACGUCGGGGACUGGGAGCACUACACGCUCCGUGUGAGCAACUUCAACGGGGAGCUCUGGAGCAUUUACUACUCGGAGCACAGCGGGGGGCAGUGGGUGGAUGCCUCCGAGCUGGAGUUCAUCGAGGGGAACAAGGCCGUCGUGUAUGCAUCGAGGAACGGCCACGCUAGCUUCCCCCACGAGGGGUCCUACAUACAGGGCUCGUCUGCACUCGGGAUUGGUGCGCAGAACGACUGUGCUAGGAGCGAUUACUCGGUGGAUUCUAGCACGAGGUACCGGGUCAUUGCGGCUGAGUACCUUGGCGAUGUCGUUGCGGAGCCGCCGUGGCUGCAGUACAUGAGGGAAUGGGGUCCAACUGUUGUGUACAGCUCAGGGACUGAGCUGGAGAAGAUACUGAACAACCUCCCAUUUUUCCUCAGGUUUUCAGUGGAGAGCUUUGUGGAGCUUUUUCCGACGGAGCUCUACGGCGAGGAGGGGCCGACGGGGCCGAAGGAGAAGGAUAACUGGUUGGGGGAUGAGAGGUGAUGAUGGUGCUUCUUCUUGAUCGCCUUUGAAUGCCACACAAAUUGCAUCUGAAGAUUGUAUGAUGAAAGAUGCAAAAUAGCAAAUUCUAUGUGAUUUUUGUGCUUCUGUAUAAAUUAUAUUUCCACAUGCCAAUUGGAGGGUUAAAAGGUAAUCCAAUUGAGAUUCUUGUGUAUAGAAUUUUGUUACUAUUGCAAGUAACAUUGUGUGUAGCUAUUGUAUAUUUGGUAGGAAUUGGUUAAAGAAAUUGCAUUUGUAUAUAGGAUUUGAUAUACAUAUAUUGGCUCGAGCUUACUUAAAAUUAUAUCAGCUCAAAUUUACUCAA